ACCUAGCUGACAGUAAAAAUAAUGAUGCUUCAAUUCUCCAUCACAUCAUUAAAACAAAUGCAGAGAAUAUCCGCAGUUGGGUCAGCGAAGAUGAUAUUUUCAUCGUGGACCGAGGGUUCAGGGACGCUUUGCCUCUGCUUGCAGAUCUUGGAAUCCAGGCAGAAAUGCCGUUUUUUGGAAAAGGGGCAACGACAGAUGAGCACUGGCGAUGCCAAUAUCAGCAGACUUGUUACAAAGGUCCGAUGGGUGGUGGAAUCUUCAAAUGCGAGAAUCAAGCGUUGGAAAUACCUGGAUAAGACUCUACCAACAAAUCAGAUCCCAUUUAUCGGAGAUUACGUGAAAAUUGUAUGUGCGCUGUCUAACAGAUUUUCACCGCCCCUGAACAAAAGCACCGAGGAAGAUGAGACCGAGGCAGUAAAAAUGCUAUAUUUGUCUAAACAGGUUAAUAAUCUCAAGCAAACGGUUGAAGAAAAUUGUCUGAACCGAAGAUCUAUUCAGUGGCAGGCGGUUCAUGAGUGUGAUAUUCAGAACUUCCCUACGCUUGAUGAGGAACAGUUGCGGAAUUUGACGUGUGGGACCUAUCAGCUAAAGCUUUCUCGCAGUUACAUUCAAGAACAUAUUGAGGGGGAAUGCGAUAUAUGUUUUCAUAAGGAUAAUGAAAGACUGCUAAAAGUGAAAAUUCAGAGUCGUCACACAUCAGCAAAACAAUACUUCGUCUGGAUUGAAUAUUCUGAAUGUACUGUCAACGCAUGGUACUGUACAUGUAGAGCUGGUGCAAGAGUUGUAGGCAUGUGUUCACAUAUAGCGGCCAUUAUUUGGUACCUAGCAAAAGGAAGGCAUGAGGGAAAGAGAUACGGUGUUCGUGAUUGGGGCGAGCAUGUCCUGGAUGCAGCAGAUAUCCCUCCUAUCAUUAAUGACUCCGACAGUGAUGUCAGUAGCUGCGAAAGUGUUCCGGAAGAAUAA